CGUUCGUGCGUCUUUCGAUUGGAUCCUUUCGAUUUUAGCUACUCUUCAUUGGCGAUGGUUGCUGUUCUAGUGUGCUGGUCGUAUGAAGCCUUAGCACGGCAACUUCACAACUGUAUACUACAAUAAGGUUUGCUCGGCUCCGGCGAGGAGAGAUGAUAACGGCGGCGCGCCUUCGGCUCGCUUCAGUGCUGCUAGUCGUCGUUGUAUGGUCUACGGAUCUGGAUGUCAUUUUUUUUUUCUAGUUUUAGUUGUCAUAUUUUUUUUUAUUUCUAGUUUUAGUUGUACUACGAUGAUCAGAAGUUUUGUGGGAAAAAAAAGCAGCGCGAGGUGGUGGGUUUGAUUCCUCUCACGGUCGCUCCUUUUUUGGGAGUCUCACGUCGCGCGUCAGGGCAAGGAUCUAAGCUGCAAACAGGCGUCCGGUGGGCUGGCGAAGCUGCAAACAGGAAAUACCUCAGCGGAUUCUCAAAAAAAUACUUUAUUUAGCGCUGAACAGGAGGACUCCUCCGCCGGGAUCGGUGUUCAUGCAUGUUUGUUGCAGCGUACGCGAGUUCCCAGCAAUCCAGAAUUCGAGGCGUGGUUUCUGCUGGAUUCAGAUCUAUUUGCUGCUUCACCCUCGGCUGCUGAUCCACAAGCCUGCCUGCAAUCUCCGUGCCGUUCGCCGUCAAUCAAAGCUUUACUAGCUGUUCGUACGUCUCAGUCCCCAUGGAGACGGAGGACGGUGGGAUCCAGACGACGCCGGAUCUGCCGCAGGACAUCCUGAUGGCCAUCUUCGCCGCGUUCCAAAUCCCAGACCUGGUGCGUGCCGGCUCCGUAUGCUCCUCCUGGCGCUCCGCCUACGAAACCCUGCGCAACCUCGGGCUGUACAACCAGUCCCAGACGCCAUGCCUGCUCUACACCUCCGAGUCCGACGGCGAGAGCACCGCGCGUCUCUACAGCCUCGUGGAGAAGAAGGCCUACAGGCUGACCCUCCCGGACCCGCCCAUCCGCACCAGGUCUCUGAUCGGGUCCUCCCCUGAAGGUUUGCUGGUUACAGCCGAUGACAGGUCCGAGAUGCAUCUUCUCAACCCCAUCACCGGUCAACAGAUCGCCCUCCCGUCGGUGAUCACCAUCCGGCAGGUGAGCCCCAUCUACGACGACUCCGGCGUCCUCCGCAUGUACAGAUACUCGGCCCGCACUAGGCAUACCGUUCUCGCGCUGCCAGCAAACCUUGCUCUUAGCGAGCUGCGCCACCAACUCCAUCACAAGGCCUUUGUGUUUCCUCUUUCUCAUGACGAUGCAUCCUUAGAAGAAGCAGGAGGACACGUUGUGGUGCUGAUCCACAACCCGUCUUGCCAGCUCUCCUUUGCAAGGGCAGGGGCCGAGAGCUGGACCUGGCUGCCACCACACACCUCCUACGACGACUGCAUGUACAAGGAUGGCCUCAUGCAUGCGGUGACUUCAUGGGGAGAAAUCCAUGGCUUCGAUCUUGCCAGCCCUGCCCCUGUGGCCACCAUGAAGAUCGUUAUGGAGGGGCCAAUGACUUAUAGAUAUCUUAGUAUGUACAUCAUACAAGCCCCAUGGGGUGAUCUUCUCCAGGUUUGGAGAAAAUUUGGGGAUUGUGAUUUAGGAGAUACACCCCAGUCAUCUGUGUUUUGGACUACGGGCAAAAUUAGAGUAUAUAAAGUUGAUGCCGCGGCGAACGAACUCGAGAGAACCAGUUCCUUGCGCGGCCAUGCGUUGUUCCUUGGGCAUAAUCAGUCGCUUUGUCUUCGUACCGAAGAAUACCCGUCUCUUAAGGCGAACCAUGCCUACUUCACCGACGAUUGCAAGUAUUGGACAAUGGGACUCCAGAAUAAUCGCCGUGAUAUGGGAGUUCUCAACUUGGAUGAUAACAGCAGCGAGGAACUUGUGUCUCCUCGCCUUUGGUCCAACCGUCCGGCCCCCAUAUGGAUUACACCAAAUCUCAGAGAGAUAAACUUUAAUUUGGAUAAUUAGUUUGGAGUUAUUCCUUUUGUAAGAAAAAAUAAA